AUGGCGCCUACGACCCGCCGCUGGGCCCCGGUCCUGUGGCGGGCCUGCAACUGGCUCAUGGCCGCGUUCUUCGCGCUGGCGGCUUUGGUGCAGGUCAAUGAUCCCGAUGCAGAACUGUGGAUGGUGGUGUACAUGAUACCCGCGCUGCUGAGCCUGCUUGUGGGACUUAAUCCUCUUGUCACGGGCAAUUUUAUUUGGAAGAGUGUCUCCGCGAUACACAUAUUCUUUUGUAUUACGUGGGCUGUCGGCUUGGUGGGCCAUCUCUGGCUUCACUCCCAACAGAGCAUCUUGCAUGAGGAAGAAGGCAGGGAGCUGUUAGGUCUGCUGAUUGUCACAGUGUGGAUGGGCCUGUGUCACAGUUCAUCCAAGAAUCCAGUUGGUGGAAGAAUUCAGUUGGCUACUGCCAUGGUGAUCACUCUCCUCCCGUUCAUCUCUUGGAUCUACAUCUACAUAAACAAGGAGAUGAGGUCCUCCUGGCCAGUUCACUGCAAGACAGUAAUUUAAAUGAAGUCAAGAAUGCUCCUCUUCAAAUGAGUAUUGUUAAUCAAUUGCUUAUAGACAUGGCUGUAAAGGGGCAAUUUCCUAGGAGUUUAUUUCAGGUAAUUUGAGUGAAUAUUAGAAGGGAUUAAAAAAAAAAAAUUCCCAAGAACUUUUCAAGGAUGCCUGCGACACAGCACGGGGAUGGCGUGGGACUGGGAGGAGAUGGGGUCUGACAUUCAGUCGUGUCAGUGUAGCAGAAAGGCAGAACAAAGUUUCAGAAACAAAAAUUCUAACUCAGCUUAUCACUAUCUAAAUGACUUGGGCAAAUAUCGGAACCUCCUGCUGGAUGUCUUCGUCUGUAAGACAGGAUUAAUGCCAGAUCUCCUACUCACUUGUGCUGUUGCAAGGAUUAAACUGCAAGUGCUUAUAAGGGGCAACCACUGAUUAAAACAGAGCAAAGCGGGGUUUAGGUGACAGGAUAGACACAGAGGUUCAAGAAAGGGCUGUUACCCUGCACUGAAUUCACUAUAUGGGACCAGCGCCAUGCCAUGAACUAAAUGAGGAUGUAAAAUGAACGAGCAGGUCUUAGAAAGAAAGGAGGGGGUAGGUAGAAUAAAGGAAUUUGAGACCAAAAGGAAAGAGGGAAUAUAAACUACAUUGUAAAUAAAAAAUAAGACCAAAAUCUAUACACAUUUUUUUUUGGAAAUGAGUGUCAAAGGUAACCCUGGGGAGAAGACCAUGUUGGAGCUGUACUCUCCGAAGUUGUAACCGGCAAGACCACAACCAUGAUGUGCGCACACACACACACACACACACAAACGUGGGAGUGUCACGGUGGUGUAGACUCCCACACAGAACAUGGGAACAUCACUAUGAUGCUUACAUAUGACGUGAGAACUUAACGUGAUAAUAUCACCAUAUCACGUUGCACUGAGCACCUGAAAUGUGGCCAGAAUGAGGAAGUAAAAUCCUUUUUUCAUUUUAAUUUUAAAAAUGUCAAUUCAAUUAUUAGAAAACUUAUAAAUGUGUUUGGAACACUGAAGUGUGUUUGGAACUGGACAUGCGAAUCUACUUCUUUAACUGCAAGUUUUAUACCCCAGUAUAGAUCAAGUAUUUCCAGUGAGAAUGUAGUAUCAAUGGAUGGCUUAUUAAGUAUAAAAUACAUCCUGCAUUUUAACAACAUUGUACAAAAGGAAUGUAAAAUAUUCCUAUGUUGAUUACAUGCUGAAAUGAUAUUUUCAUAUAUUUGACUUUAAUAUAAAAUAUGUCAUUAAAAUUGUUAUGUUUCUAUUUACUUUAUAAAA